AUUUCUCCCGCUCGGCUCAGCCCCCACCACGCGGCUGCAGCGAGCGAGCGCGCGAGCCAAAUGGGAGCUCCCACCCCUCUCCCGCCCCAACCCGAUAACUCCCCACGACACAAGCGCUGACUCCCUCCCGUGACCUCCGCCUCCCGCCCGCCGACGCCGCGCGGGCGAGGAGAAGGUGCCCGUACGACUACGGGGUCCAGCCGAGUCCGGGGCAUCGGCACCUCCAAGCUCCAAUCUCAGCGCUGCAUCCUCGGCAUGUCCCCGUACCCUAGCCCCGGGCCGUGAUUUGGUUUGAUUGGACGCGUUAAUUAUUCGUUGGAGGCGAUGAAGGUGGGGACUAGGGAGUGGGAGGAAAGCAGCAGUCAUUUGCCAAAUAACUGUACUGCUCUUUUCGUUCAUCUGGGGCAUAUGGAUAGAACCAAGCCAAACAAGCCGGCCCUGAAGUCAAAGUCAAGAAGAAGUUUCAACUCCCUUACCCUUCUAACAUAUAUCUAAGCGCACACACGCAAAGCAUUUAACCAACAUACUCCAUCACAACAAGAACGGAGACAUGGCUCCUCAAGUUUUUCACACCCAAUCUCUGAUUGCUCCAUCCCACCAUGCACUGUUUCUUCUCUGUGCCAUCCUCAUAUUUCUGUCCUCCAACACAAUAGUAUCCACAUCAGCACAAGCUAGCAACAAAUCCGAGAGUGACCGGCAAGCUCUUCUCUGCUUCAAAUCUGGCAUCUCCAGGGAUCCUGCCGGUGUUCUUGGAUCAUGGCGCAACGACUCACUUCACUUCUGCAGCUGGCAAGGGGUCACCUGCAGCACGGCCACCCCAAUCCGUGUCGUGUCCAUCCAAUUCAGGUCUAUGCAGCUCACGGGAACACUAUCCAGUUGCAUAGCAGCCCUUAGUUCUCUAGUACAGAUCGACCUUCCAAGCAAUCAAUUUUCUGGAAGAAUACCUGAUGAGAUAGCUGAGCUUCAGAGCCUCCAAACCCUGAAUCUUGCGGGGAACAAACUUGCAGGUAACAUACCUCUGGCAGCCCUUGGUUCUCUAGUUCAGUUGAACCUUUGGAACAAUAAGUUAUCUGGAAGCAUACCUAAAGAGAUAGGUGAGCUUCGGAGCCUCCAAACCCUGAUGCUUGCUGGAAACAGGCUUUCAGGUAACAUCCCUCUGUCAUUAGGUACAGCUGCAUCUCUUAGAUAUGUCAACCUUGCAAACAAUUCUCUUAGCGGAGCUAUCCCUGAUUUCUUAGCAAAUAGUUCGUCACUCAGUGAGAUAAUCCUCUCGCGUAAUGACUUAUCUGGGGUGAUCCCAGCUAGUUUGUUCAACUCAUCCAAACUUCGCCGUGUCGAUCUUCGGUGGAAUGCUCUCUUUGGGGCUAUCCCGCAUUUCCAAAAGAUGGGAGCUCUGCAAUUUCUCGGUCUUGCAGGGAAUUCACUUUCUGGUACUGUACCAGCAUCUUUAGGCAAUGUUUCAUCCUUGCGUUACCUCCUGCUAGCAGAAAACAUCUUAAUAGGAUCAAUUCCAGAAACAUUGGCUCGAAUUCCAAACCUAACAGUGCUAGGUCUAAGUUACAAUAGAUUAUCUGGAAGCAUACCUGGGGAGAUAGGUGAGCUUCAUAGCCUCCAAACUCUGAUGCUUGUGGGCAACAACCUUGUAGGUAACAUCCCUCUGUCAUUAGGUACAGCUGCAUCUCUUAGAUAUGUGAACCUUGCAAACAAUUCUCUUGGCGGAGCUAUCCCUGAUUCCUUAUCAAAUAGUUCAUCACUCAGUGAGAUAAUCCUCUCACGUAAUGACUUAUCUGGGGUGAUCCCAGCUAAUUUGUUCAACUCAUCCAAACUUGUUGCUGUUGACCUCUGGUCGAAUGCUCUCUCCGGGCCUAUCCCACAUUUCCAAAAGAUGGAUGCUCUGCAAUUUCUUGAUCUUACAGGGAAUUCACUUUCUGGUAGUGUACCAGCAUCUUUGGGUAAUGUUUCAUCAUUGCGUUCCCUCCUGCUAGCACAAAACAACUUAGUAGGUCCAAUUCCAGAAACAUUGGCUCGAAUUCCAAACCUAACAAUGCUGGAUCUAAGUUACAAUAGCUUCUCGGGGUAUGUCCCAGCCACAUUGUACAAUAUGUCAUCACUCACAUUCUUUAGCCUACGCAACAACACAUUUAUUGGACAGAUACCUUCUGACAUUGGCCACUCACUCCCGAACCUUGAAACAUUGGUAAUGGGACUCAACCAAUUUCGUGGAUCGGUCCCAGAUUCUCUGACGAACAUGUCAAAGCUGCAAGCGCUUGAUCUUUCAAGCAACCUGCUGACUGGGGUGGUGCCAUCUCUAGGAUUCUUGUCAGACUUGAGCCUACUGCGUCUAGGAAACAACACACUCGAAGCUGGUGACUGGGCCUUCCUUACCUCUCUGACCAAUUGCAGUCAGUUGUUAAGUUUAUCAGUGGAUGGGAAUAUCCUGAAUGGAAGUUUGCCAAGGACAGUAGGCAGCCUUUCAACAAAGCUUCAGUGGUUAAGCUUUGGUAGAAACCAAAUUUCUGGAAACAUACCCGCAGAGAUAGGCAACCUUGUAGACCUCGCUCUGCUUGAUAUGGGUCAGAACAUGCUCUCAGGACAAAUCCCCCCGAGUGUUGGGAACUUGAGCAACUUGUUUAUACUGGAACUAUCGAGGAAUAGAUUAUCAGGCCAGAUUCCAUCAACGGUUGGUAAUCUUCCUCAACUCGGGCAGCUUGAUCUUGAUGACAACAAUUUGUCUGGAAACAUACCAGCAACUAUAGGACAAUGCAAAAGACUAGCUAUGCUGAACUUAUCAGUCAACAACCUUGAUGGAUCCAUACCAAGAGAACUCCUCAAUAUAUCUUCCCUCUCAUUGGGUUUGGACUUGUCAAACAACAACCUGACUGGGCUUAUACCACAGGAAAUUGGUAACCUGAUUACUCUUGGCCUCCUUGAUGUUUCCAAUAACAAAUUAUCUGGUAGCCUUCCUUCUGAACUUGGCCGGUGUGUUACAUUGUUAUCCCUUCAAAUGGAAAGCAACAUGCUCAGUGGGAGUAUUCCUCAGUCUUUCAGUGCACUGAAGGGCAUACAGCAGAUAGAUCUGUCUGAGAACAAUUUAACUGGUCAAGUUCCACAGUAUUUCGGGAACUUCAGCAGCUUAAAUUAUAUUGAUAUAUCAUACAACAAAUUUGAAGGGCCAGUCCCAACUGGUGGUAUAUUUGGAAACACAACGGCAGUAUCCCUGCAAGGUAACACAGGGCUAUGUGAAACAGCUGCUGCUAUAUUUGGACUGCCCAUUUGCCCCACCACCUCAGCAACAAAAAGGAAGAUCAACACACGGCUGCUGCUGAUAAUAGGUCCACCAGUUACUAUUGCUCUGUUCUCAUUCUUAUGUGUUGCUGUCACUGUUAUGAAGGGGAGCAAAACUCAACCAACUGAAAACUUCAAGGAGACAAUGAAGAGAGUGUCAUAUGGUGACAUUCUUAAAGCGACCAACUGGUUCUCUUUGGUCAACAGGAUCAGUUCAAGUCAUACAGCAUCAGUCUACAUUGGUCGGUUUGAGUUCGAGACAGACCUAGUGGCCAUCAAGGUGUUCCAUCUUAGCGAGCAAGGUUCAAGAAAUGGCUUUUUCACCGAGUGCGAAGUGCUAAAACACACCCGCCACCGCAAUCUGGUUCAAGCUAUCACCAUGUGCUCCACAGUAGAUUUCGAGGGCGAUGAGUUCAAGGCUAUUGUAUACGAGUUCAUGGCAAACGGUAGCCUGGACAUGUGGAUACACCCAAGGGUUCACGGAGGCAGCCCAAGGAGGCUACUGAGCUUGGGUCAGCGGAUACGUAUUGCUGCUGAUGUAGUUUCUGCUCUGGACUAUAUGCACAACCAGCUUACACCUCCUUUGAUUCACUGCGAUUUGAAGCCAGGAAAUGUUCUGUUGGACUACGACAUGACCUCACGCAUCGGUGACUUCGGAUCCGCCAAGUUUCUCUCUUCAGGUAUUGGCGGACCAGAAGGCUUGGUUGGUGUCAGAGGAACGAUCGGAUAUAUUGCACCUGAAUAUGGGAUGGGAUGCAAGAUCUCGACAGGCGGUGAUGUGUAUGGUUUCGGGGUGCUGCUACUGGAGAUGCUCACGGCGAUGCGACCGACGGGCGCGCUAUGCGGCAACACCCUCAGCCUCCACAAGUAUGUCGACCUAGCUUUCCCCGAGAGGAUCAGUGAGGUUCUAGAUCCCGACAUGCCAUUCGAGGAGGAUCCGGCGGCUGCUUCCUUAUGUAUGCAGAAGUACAUCAUACCUCUGGUCAGUAUUGGCCUGAUGUGUACCAUGGAAUCACCGAAAGAUAGACCUGGGAUGCACGACGUUUGUGCCAAGAUUGUUGCCAUCAAGGAGGCAUUUGUCGAAACCUUUUGAUUAUGGCAACUAGUAGGAUGUGCAUGCAACUUGAUAUAUAGUACAGUUAUACAAAAUUAUAGCUAUACCACUUGUAUAAUGUAACUGUAACCGUUUUAAUUAUGUAUCUGAUUAGGAUCCACUGUUAUGCUAUAUACUGGCCAAAAUCAGCGGUGCAG